AAAAAACAGCGUGUCGAGCCUUCACUUAAACUACUGAGGGGGGCAGUCGGGUGGAGCUGCGGGCAGCGAGCGACCAAUAACAGAGUAGCUUUAUUUCACUGGCAAUACAAACUCGAAAACUUGACACAUUGGCUGUUGAUUGAAUCGGGAAGGAUCCCUCGCCAAUUAAACCUCAAAAACACUGACAGAAAGGAGAAAAGAAGCUGAGUAAAUGAGCUUCUCCCGGUUUUCUAUACAUUGUUUUAGCAGACCUCUUAGAUGAAGGCAGAUGCUUUUACAGUCCACCCGGACUAAAACAACAUCUAGAUAUAUUUAAAAGUAAACAAUCUUUUAUAUAUAUAUAUAUGCAAUGGCACAAAGAGGCACUUCGUUUUCUAUCCAAGACAUUCUUACCAGAGACAGCGAGACUCGGGAGAGAAAUCAAAUCGCCAAUGAACUGGCAGAACUCUGCAGAUUGUCCAAUCCGUGGCUGCAAAGGGAGACUGGGGUAAUAAUCAGUAAGGAGAGACCCGAAGCUUGCCUCGCAGAUUACAAGGAACUCGUAAAAGGGGAGACUCCGAACCUCAGGAAAUGUUCCGAUCCAGUGCCGAGCCCAAGCAAGGCUGAGGAAUCCCAGAUUGACGGUCAGUCUUGCAGCGAGGACUCCACGGGAGAAGACCCAGUUUAUUCUAGUUGCAAUCAUUUCAAAGAGUGUGAGAGCCAGUCGACUGCGGAGGAAAGGGACAAGAUGGAGAAAUCCAACCCCGCCGAUCGACGCAAAACCAUGAAGAAGCGCUCCCGGGCCGCCUUCUCUCAUGAGCAGGUCUACGAGCUGGAAAGACGGUUUAACCUGCAGAAGUAUCUGUCUGGCCCAGAGAGAGCGGAUUUGGCGGCGGCUCUUAAACUCACAGAAACGCAAGUGAAGAUCUGGUUCCAGAACCGGAGGUACAAAACUAAGAGACGACAAAUAGCGCACGAAUUGGCUGCUAACUGCACUCAGACCAUGGCGAAGAAAGUGUCAAUAAAGGUGCUGGUGAGGGACGAUAGGAGACAGUACAGGACCGAAGAGCUGCUCAGCCCACCUGCCAUCCCCCUUUACCAGGCCUAUCAAUACUACCCGUACACGUACUGCUUCCAGCCGUGGCCCUCAAAUAUGUCCUUGUGUCCCCUUAACACAAACGGAAACUAGGACAUGUCCCUCGUUGGCUAUUCAUGAAAAAUCGAUGAACACAUUAUAACUGGCAGUAUAGUUUUCCAAAAGAACAAUAAUGGAAAUACAGUUUUACACUUCCAAAGACUCCUAAAAAUGCACAUUAAGGAAAAUGUUGAUUCGCCCUUCCCCAGAGGAAGAACCGAUGGAUAAUAUUGCAAAUAUUGUGCAUUUACAAUUUACAAUUAGUGCGCUGCUGACUGUGCCAAAAUGGGCAUUUAACAUUUUUUUUUAUAUUAUACUAAAGACGGUGUAUUUUAAUGUUUAAUGAAACUAACAGCGCAGAUCCACUGAGUGUGUCACCCAAAAAUAACUUUUCUUCUGGGACUACAAAUAACAUUUAAAAUAACAUCCUGAUGAUGUAACUUAAGUUUCCCAAAAAUGCUAAGCAAUGAAUCUGAACACAGGGAGGUACGAUCCCUCCAUAAAUUAUUUUGCUGGACGAACUAUUCGGAUAUCAAAAUCCAGACCACGUGAUUUUUUUUUGCUUAGUUUUGUUUUAUUAAUUAAAUGUUAAAUUAGCUUUCUUUUUUUUAAAAAAUCAGUUUAAAAAUAAAGUGUAGUAAAAAAAGGUCCUACAAAGUUUGUUUCUAAGUUUAUUGUUUCACCACAUCGAACUAUUUCUAUAGAAAAAUGUGUUUGUCAUUUUUGGAAUCAUUCUGGGUCAGAAGAACACAUGAGUGCAGUUAUCCAAGUCAGUAUAAAACACAAUCUAAAUCAAUUAUUCGUUCUUUUUAAACAAACCGCCCGAGGGAGCAUGUUGCACUGUUUUUGUUUUUUUGUAAGUAUGAACAUGGAAAGAUGUAAGCAUGUACUAAUGAUUUAAACAAAAAUAGUAUACCAAGUGUGGGUCUAUUUACUCGAUAUGUUUAUUGUAAAUAAUUCAUAUAUUAAUGUGUUUUUUGUUUGUUUGUUUGUUUUAUUUUGUUGAUGUUGUUAUUAAACCCAC